GUCUGGCGGGUGAGGCAGCUUGCAGUGCUUUUUGCAUUAGAGGACGGAGGGAGGGUGUAAGGGUGAGCCGUUGCAGGGACUAGUGGACAGACCAGUCCAUUAUUUUUUGUCCCCCCUUGUCUCCCAGCCGUCUGUCCAUCACUGAGACAAGAGAGCUGCCUGCAAGCUUGUGGAUUUUACCUCAGCCUGAGUGACACCUGGGAAGGAGAGAGAAACCUGAGUGGAGAGGCCCCGGAGUCUGCUCCCCGGUGCCUCCCCACCCUCUAACGCUCCAUCCCUCCUGGUUGUGUGGAUGACCUGUGCUCCUCUAGCCGUUCCCCCAGCACCAUGAACAAGAUGAAGAACUUUAAGAGGCGUUUCUCCCUUUCUGUUCCCCGCACCGAGACCAUUGAGGAGAACGAGUUCACAGAGCAGAUAAACCAACUCAACAUAUGCCACACUCAGGGCCUGACUCCAGACAGGCUGGGUCCUCAAUCUCAUGAUGCCAGUCCUUCGAGCCCCGAACCAACGACACCGGGAGCCCAGUCUCCGUCACAUCUCCACUUCCACGACAAGGCCCAGCUCAGACGUUUCUCCAUGGAGGACGUCAGUAAACGCAUGUCUCUACCCAUGGACAUCCGCCUGCCUCCGGAGUUUCUCAAGAAACUGCAGCUGGAGAGUGAGAACUCGCCGCUCUGCAAACCUCUCAGCCGCAUGUCUCGACGUGCUUCACUUUCCGACAUAGGCUUUGGGAAAUUGGAGACAUACGUGAAGCUCGGCAAACUGGGUGAGGGGACGUAUGCCACAGUGUUCAAAGGGCGAAGCAAGCUAACAGAGAACCUGGUGGCGUUAAAGGAGAUCCGGCUGGAGCACGAGGAGGGAGCACCUUGUACUGCUAUCAGAGAGGUGUCCCUACUGAAGAACCUGAAACACGCCAACAUCGUCACGCUGCACGACAUCAUCCACACCGACCGCUGCCUCACUCUGGUGUUCGAGUAUCUUGACAGUGACCUUAAACAGUACUUGGACAACUGCGGGAAUCUCAUGAGCAUGCAUAACGUCAAGAUCUUUAUGUUCCAGCUGCUGCGCGGCCUGUCCUAUUGCCACAAGAGGAAAAUCCUCCACAGAGACCUAAAGCCUCAGAACCUGCUCAUUAACGACAAGGGCGAGCUCAAACUGGCUGACUUUGGUCUAGCGAGGGCCAAGUCCGUCCCAACUAAGACCUACUCCAAUGAGGUGGUAACUCUAUGGUAUCGACCCCCUGACGUGUUGCUGGGCUCUACAGAAUACUCCACACCCAUCGACAUGUGGGGCGUGGGCUGUAUCAUGUAUGAGAUGGCAACAGGUCGUCCCAUGUUUCCAGCCACAGUGAAGGAGGAGCUACACUUGGUAUUUAGGCUCCUGGGAACUCCAACAGAAGAGACCUGGCCUGGUAUCAGUAAUAAUGAGGAGUUUAGGUCUUACCUCUUUCCUCAAUACAGACCUCAAGCUCUCAUCAACCACGUCCCCAGGUUGGACACAGAGGGGAUCGACAUGCUGUCUGCUCUGCUGCUGUACGACACCAGGAGCAGAGUCACCUCUGAAGACGCUCUACGACACUCCUACUUCUUGAGUUUGGAGAAUAACAUACACAAUUUGGCAGACACCGCUUCAGUGUUUUCCCUCAGAGAGCUCCAGCUCCAGAAGGACCCAGGCCACCGCAGCUCAGUGUUUCAGCCUUUAGGUCGAGGAAAGAGCCGAAGGCAAAGCAUCUUCUAAUGGUCACAGGGGAGGAUCAGAGCCACGCAGAGACGGGAAGCUGCCUUUUCAGACCACAGCACAAAGGCCAACACAGCUCAGCACAUUUGCAAGCAUGCUCACCUGCAUGUACAAACAAACUCAUGUGGACUCACUCAUUUCCAAGGCAGCUGACCAUGGAGACACACGUGGUUUCUGGAAAUAUACUUGUACUGCAUUUGACUGAGCUGAGAUACACUCUCCCUCCACGCACAUAGCCUACAGUACAUAUUUGCACACAUUUGCACAAUCAGCGACACUGAACAUGCAGCCAUUACUUAGUUGCACACAACAGAUAUUUAUUUAUCCUGCUGACACACACCCAUGCAUUUUAACUCGAUAUCUCAACCAUAAGGGCCCUAAAUAAAGCUUCUCUGCAUACACAUAUGCGCAAGUUUGUGUAAUAUCCAUCCAGAGCAUACCCAGGGCUCUAGCCAUUUAAGGUAGCUACCACAUCUGGAACCAUCAUCCAGUCUCAGUUGCACAGACAGAAGGGUUGUGGUGCAAGUGGAAGUCAGUUCAGUUAAAAGUAAAGUCUAAUGGAAUCAGCUUGUUUCCAAAUAAAACUAACAGAGCUAAUAGAACUAAAGUUUAGUUGUGUUUCUACACAACCCAGUCGCCAGAGAAAGAUGUUGGCACUGUAUGUUUCUGCAAACCAAAGGGAUACGUUGAACCUCGACAUUUCUAAACAAAAAAUACAUUUAAUUAAUUUGUUUCAUAUCAGCCUCAUAUGACACUUGCAGAAAAAGCACAAUGUCACCUGUUUCACUCUGUGAAAUGAUUGGAGAGAUUCAGGCAACAAAACUACUUGGUUAUGGUUAGAAAGAAGAUCGCAGGUUAAAAUAUGAGCAACGUAACCUAACAAAUGGAGUAACGUAACAACCUUAAAAACAUAACUACCAUAACCAUAACAUAACUAAAUAACAAGUGUAAAGUCAACAUUUAUUUUGGUUUCACACAGGUCACAAACAGUGGUCUCCUAAAUGGAAGUACUGUGAUUGUAAUGUAAUAAGAUAGACAUAAAACUUAACAAUGUAAGGUAACAGAGUAAAAAAUUCCGUAAUGUAACGAAAUAACAACCUUAACAACAUAACUACAGUAAAUAAAUAACACCCACCCUCAGCGGACUUUCUUACGUAACUUUGCUCGUUAUUCUAGCUUGAUAUACUGAUUGUUACAUUCUCUGAUAUUCGUCACUUGCUCUGCAAGGUGCUUGAUGUACUAUGUUACUUGCUCUGACCAAAUGAAAAAAUGUCCACAUAAUUCAACAUAUCUGUGGUUUGCAAAUCGUUCACACCAACAUUUCUUCCUGGUGAUUGGGCUGCUACACCAAAAUGUAGCUUACACUCUCUACACUGGUUUUAGUAUCCAGUGGCCUUUCCGAAUCGUAAAACAUUUCAAAAGCACCUAUCAUAGCACUCCGAAAUUAGGACAAGAAUCCAAAGAGAGGGCUUCUAUUAUUCUAUUUUCCAUUAAUUGCAUUUUAUGUCAAUUUUAUUUCCUAAAAUGAAAGUCUGGGGAUUCAAAGACUUUUCAUUAUUGCCAGGAGUAAACAUCUGGAAGAUUAAUGCUGAAGAUUAAAUGUAUUAUUUUGGAAUAAAAGAAGUCAAAUUUAAACAUAUUAAGUCUAAAACUAACAGUUUAUAAAAGGCCCCAAAGUUCCCACAGGUUGCUGAAAUAACAGAAAGGCAAUAGAAGCUAAGGCCUUGCAUGCUAACAGGCAAUUGUUUAAUAACUAAGAGUUGUUAGCUAUAAAUUAGCUAACAGUAUAACCAAGCUAACCAAUGGUUGAAAAAUAAAGAAUCAACCUUUGACAGUACAUUAGCUAAUGCAUAAUAUAUGGAGCUAAUGACAGUAAGCAACCAUGUUAUGCCAGCUAGCAAAGAAGCUAGCGUAAUUUAAACAAUUUAUCUGCGAUGAAAUGAUAAUUUCCCUGUCAAAGACCAAUAUGGCAGCUAUGGGUGGGUUAUGUCAACCGGAAGUCUUGAAGUUAUAUAUACACAAGCAUUACAAACACUGAAGUAGUAGUACACUGUUCAUUUCCACUAAUUCUACCCACAUUAAACAAACAUUGAACCUAGCUGACUUCAUCAUGGAUAUAAAACGUUGUAAAGUGGAAUCAUGUGACGGACUUGCCUUGCUACAGCGCCACCGUGUUUCAACUCAGUGUGGGGUUUUGUUCCAUACAGUGUUAGGAGCUGACAUUCAAUACAGUUUUUGAAGUUGCCUUAGUAAACUGUGCAUGAAAUUUUGGCUUUGUGGUUGAAUUGAUAUUUGAUCUAGUGUAGCCAAUGAGGCAUUUGCUUUGUGUGUGUAAAUUACUCACCAUGAGUGUGUGUAUUUCUUAGUCUCCUAUUUGCACAAACCAGAAGUGUCCUCUGCUCCUUUCCCUUUGUGUCUUACCUUAUAUGGUUUCAAAAUAUCAUUGAACCAAAACCCCUUAACCCUAGAACCAGAAAAGUGGGAAAGUAUGUCUUACAAGUACUUUCUAGUAGCAAAUUUCUCUCGGUAGUACUCACCGCUACCCCUUGUAUUUUGCACAGCUCUAUUGCACCUAUUGCGAGGGAGCAUCUUUUGGCUGUAGGGCCCCUAUAGGCAGUUUAUAAAAGUUCAUACAGACAGUAUAACUUAGGAAAAACUAGAAAGUAUUUGUAUGUGCAUAAGUGAAACUUUCAAACCUUCCUUAUAUAAUGUCAUUCAUAGUCCCUUGUGACUAAGCCCAGAGGUUAUGCAUACUGUAUGCCAUAGAAGAUGAAUUGAUCUGCAGGCACAAAAGUGAUGGGGGCUCGUGGCUACGCUGCACAUUCCUCUGCCCUUACUCCCUUUUGUGAAUAUUCCCAGUCAGUCAGUGGACACUCGCAUGUUGCCAACUGAUCCACAUGUGAAUUUAACGCUGGAUGUUUGAAUGCCCCGACAGAGGUCAAAUGCCUUGCACUCCCCAACCAGUCAGUCAGAGCUGAGGAAGACUUUAGGAUGAGAGGCGAACUGUCUUAAAGUGAUCUGCUGCAAGUCUACAGUUGCCUUUGCUUUAGCACUUUCUAGGUUGAUUGGAUCUACAGAACUGAACAGCACAUCAAGUAAGAGCAAAUGAAUGAUGCUUUGAGACUGUUCAUGGAAGACAGAGGUAGAGAUGCUUAGCAGUAACCCAACGUGAUGUCCUCUCUACAUCAUUCUAUGCUUCUUGGGCAGAAGCGCCGGCAGCCUUUCGUGUUGUAUCUUAACGCAGAAGGUUUGCAGGUUAGGUAAAGGAAACAAAAAUACUUAAUGUUGUGAAACAAUGAGGUAUAGUUAAGGCAAAAAAAAUACUUCAUGUUGGGAAAAUGGAUGUGAUUAGGUUGAGGCAACAAACGGUCGCAGUUAGAUAAAGGCAACAAAAAUCCUUGCCGUUGUGAAAUGGUUAUGUUAGGUUGAGGCAACAAAAAUUCUUCAUGUUGUGAAAAGGUCAUGGUUAGAUGUGGUUAGGUGUAGGCAACAACACUACUUGGCUAGGGUAAGAAAAAAGAUUUUGGUUUGGGUUCAAAUGAGUACGUCUUAAGUAACUAAAGACACAGAUGUAACGUCCAGUAACAUAACUUUUUUAGUAAAAAUAACAGAACAUUUGGUUUCAUGCAGGACACCAACACUGGUCCCCUGAGUAAAAGUCCUGUGUUUGUUUGACCGAUCCACUACCCCUCCCUCACUCCUUUAGCGUAGUAUCUCACUCUUAAUGCUAUGACUGUUGAUCCGGGCGUCUAAUAAUCCCGCGGAUGGGUUUACAUUGGAGUAAGUUUAGAGCCUGGUGCGUCUCAUACAGACGCUAAAGGGUGCCUUCAUGGUAUCAAGACUACGAGGCCUACUGACCAAGCGUUUGUAUUUGACUCCCUGGGAGUGGGACUAGGCAGGCUGAGUAACCAGAGCUGUUGGUUUGUCCCUCAAAAGCAGAGUGUGUUAGUUGCCCUCGUAAGCCAAGCUUUGAACCCCUGAAGCACUCCAGAGCUGUGUUUGUGAAGGUCAGGGGAGGAUAUGCUUGUGUCUGAGUGAAGGGACACAAUGCCCGAAAGAUUUUUCUACCUCUUAAAGUGACUUGAGCUGAUGGAAGAAUCAUGUUGUGACCAUUCUAACCUCUGUUCACCUGUCAGUGAGUGCAAGCCAAGGUGAAUCCAACAGGGAGAGAAAUUUAGGAUAAACCUGCUGGGACCUCAGAGGGAUGUAGAGCUGUGGAUGUUACACUUCCAAACCUCCCCCUUUCUUCCCUCAGUGGCAGAAGUAUUAAUGUGUGUUUAGUUGUGGUAAAUGACGCUAUUUUAAAUACUGUAAUGAAAAAUAAAUAAUAUAUAAAUAUAUGUAUUUUAACAGAUGUUUUCAUCUUUCUCAGUGAGAUUUAUGCCGUUACAAAAAUAUAGAACACUGUAUUUAAGAUUAAAUAAAGAAAAAAUACCUUCAGAUGUCUAAAUGUUUUAUAAAAGAUAAGUUUAGAUUUUGUAUGAGAUGUGAUAUUUUGUGUGAUUUGUCCAAAUUAUUAUGAAAUGAGAAAUUGAAUGUAAUGUGACUGCCAACACGCAUAUAAUUGAUUGAAUAAUUGAUUAAUUAAUGAA